AUGACACGCGCACAGCAAACCAUCUCGGUCGGCUUACUCGUCACCUCUCUCUACCUCGCCCUCUACCUCCAGCUCAUCCCUCUGCCUCCGCUGGUCCAGACCGAGAUCGUCCCAGUCCUUCCCUUCUGGGCUCUCGUCUCCUUCGGCGCGUACCUGCUCUUCCGUCUCGGAUGGAAUGUCAUGACGUUCCACGAUGUGCCUGAGGCGCACAAGGAGCUGACGGAGGAGAUUGAGUUGGCUAAGGUUGACCUUCGCCGGCUGGGUGUUGAUGUGGAUUGA